AUGGUAAGCAAGAAAACGCUGGAAGCACGAAAGGCCUUCUAUGACGAUGACGUGGAGAAGUCCAAGGAGGCCCAUGAUUCAUACCACAGCCUGGACAAACAUGGAGAGCAACACAGUCUGGAUAAGGACAAUUUGAAAACCAUAAUUUUCGGAAGUUUGGAUGGAAUCAUCACAAUUUUUGCCAUCGUCUCGGGGUGUGUAGGAGCAAAAAUAACACCUGCACAGGUCAUAAUUAUUGGAGUAGGCAAUUUAUUUGCAAACGCAAUUUCGAUGGGAUUUAGCGAAUAUACAAGCACGACUGCACAGAGAGAUUUUAUGUUAGCUGAAAAAAAAAGAGAAGAAUGGGAAAUUGAAAAUUGCCCAUCUGAAGAAAAACAAGAAAUGAUUGAUAUAUAUAUGAACAAGUACAAAUUUGACAGUGAGGAUGCGAGAAAUCUUGUGGAAAUAACAUUUCGAAAUAAAAAUUUUUUUUUGGAGCAUAUGAUGUCAGAGGAGUUGGGACUGAUUAUCACUCAUGAGGACAAGAACGAGUCUCUGAAAAAAGGAAUUAUUAUGUUUUUAAGUUUUUGUGUCUUUGGAAUGAUUCCUUUGUUCUCCUAUGUGGCCUACACUUUUUUCUUCCAGUACACAGAUUAUAAUACCUCCUUCGUCGUUGUUUUUGUGUCCACUUUGAUUACGCUCUUCAUCCUGGGCAUAUUUAAGUCCCAGUUCACGAACCAGAAACCCAUCGAAUGCGCCCUAUACAUGGUCCUCAAUGGAUCCAUUGCCGGAAUGGUCCCAUUCCUCCUAGGAAUUUUGCUUAAAAACAACAUUUCCGACUGA